CACCACAACAUCAAAACGAUCGCCUAAAACGCAAUGAAUUCCAUCAUGAAUCGUAGCCGCUGUGUUGCGUGUCAUAUAGAAGAACCCGGCAUGAUAGCGAUCUAUCAACAUCCCCGCGGUGUCGAUCGUCUGUGGACCUACGUGACCGGAAUUAUCGUAAAAGCCAAAGAUCAGUUGUGUAUACCGUGCUACGAUGAGCUACGGAUAGCGCACCGAUUUAAGGAAAAGUGUAUCCACAACAACUUAAACCGUUUGGGACUGGGGCUUCCACGAAGAUCUACAACACACCCGCAACAGGACACACCGACCAGUGAUGAAUCGAUAACCGCUCCUCUAUUGACUCCAGAACCACUGAUGGUGGCACGGCUCGGGGAAAGUAACCACGGGACGGCGGACGAAUGUCGACCGGUACAACAACCCAGAACCGAACAUCCACCGCCCAUUAGGCAUGAUUUUGUGAUCAAAACCGAGUCCCCUCCGGAAGAGGAACCAGCAGAAACCCGAACCGUAUCUCCGGACGUUCAGCCGCUUGAUUGUGUUUCCUUGCUGAACGAUAGCGCAGGCCAACCGAACCAAAACAGCAGCCAAGAAACAAUGGCCGCGUCAGCGAUAGAUGUGGUAAAAAUGGAGCUAGAACUAUCGCUGGACGACAUAGGGCUUGCAGAAUCCCUCUCAGCAGACAGCGCGAACGAAGAGUUUGAUGAGGAGGAUGACGACGAGGAGGAGGAGGACGACGGUCACGAUAGUAAAACGGACCAGGUGGAUCCACCUGCCGGUCCCGGCUCAGCACUGCAAUGUUCCCAAUGCAACCAAACGUGCCACAGCCGAACGGCACUGAAACAGCACCAGCAGCGAGAACACAAGAAAAUACGCCGCGACAACACGAACGCCGUCAAGUAUCGGCGAGUACUGUCGGGCAAAAUUAAUGCACUGAUGUGCCGGUACUGCUACCGAGAGUUUAACGAACCGGAAGCAAAGGCAGCACACGAAACGACGCACCUGAGCGACCCGAAACCAUUCCAGUGUUCCUACGGUGACUGUAACCGACUGUUCCAGCAUCGAUCCGCCUUAAACCGACACUUUUACACGCACGUUACGCCGAAACGGUUCAAGUGCAGCAUGUGCCCGAAGCGGUUCCAUCAGCAAAGUUCGAUGGUGGUGCACGAACGGUUGCACCGGGGCGAUAAACCACACAUCUGUCCGCAGUGUGGUAAGGGCUUUACGCACGUGUCGAACGUGAAGCGGCACAUCCGGUUUCAUAACGGUGAAAAACCGUACCAGUGUGGCAAGUGUCCGGCACGGUUCACUACCAGCACGGAUCUGCGUCGGCACACGAACAGCCGACGGUGCAUGAUGAUGUGGUCGAUGAAGGCGGCCAAGUAG